GAGCAGACACUGCAUUUACUGAGAGGGCGGUCGGUCUGUCUGUGAAAGUCUCUGAUCUGCAUCGCAUCGCAUGGCAUCUGUCAAUCGGCGGCCGGCCAUCCGAACCGCCGAGCGAUGGAGAGUCACUCUCAUUGGCCAUUAAACCGACUUCACACACCAGAGGCAGUCAGGCACGCACAGACGAACGCGGUAAGGGGAGAGAAAGGAAUCCAUCCAUCCACGCUCACAUGGUAGACGGCAACAGAGCACAAAAAUGCCGCAAGCCACUCACUCAGCCGUUGCAGAAAGGGAAGAUGCAGAAAGAAAGAGUUGCCUCCUUCGUGUGUAUAUGCAUAUGUAUGUCGUAUAGACAAUCAGCCAUGUCCACCCUGCCUGUGUGUCGGUCGGCUGCUCUCUGUGCGUCACGAUGCCCGCCAACCUGACCUCCACCACUCCGCCGCACGAACGGCGCAGUCAUGCCAUGGAAUGGCGAAGGGCAAGAGUCUGACAUCAAUGAGCGCACAGCCGAGCGACCCGACGGUCUUCACAUAUCUACCUGGCUGACACGGGAAAAGUCCUUAAUCUCGCUCCUUUGCGCGAAUGUGUGUGUGCGUGUGUCUGUGUGUGUGUGUAUUCUCGUCUCGUCUUUUUGCGGCUUACGGCCUGUCGGCCGGCCGGCCUGUAGGCCGAGCGCCAAAACCAAAACCAAAAGCACCAACCAGCCGACACGACACACGACACAAGAAUGGCCCAGCAGCAAGCAACAAGUGUACUGUGCAGCACACAUGAGCCGAGCAUCAUGACACAGAGAGAGAGACUGCCUGAUUGUUUGCCAAUCGAUGAUCCACACACAUGCACACACGCGCAAUCCAGCACAAGACAGGCAGGCAGGCAGGCAGAGCCCCCCAGGGUCGGAACUUGAAGCGACCCCCCCUCCCCCAGCCCACAACCAUUAUUGAAGCAGCGGGCGUGUCAAUUGCGUACCGUCAGCACGUCGAAUAUGGUGUGAGCAUGUUGGCAAGACGCCCACACGGUAUCAGACGCACCAAGGCCACGCAACUGACACGCCCACCCGCCACUCACUCACAAAUGCACGCAAAUACGUAGACGUAUGUGUAAAAGCCGAGCUGAAGAUGAAGAAAGGGGCACCACUCGCCAGGCUGUCUGGCUGUCUGCCUGGCUACGCUUGCUAUCGACAGAAGGCCGCCGCUCCCCUCCCCCCUGUUCACUAAGUCACGGUGGCACAGCCGCUGUGGGAUGGUGAGUGAGUGUCGGUUUGUCAGUCAGUUAGUCGAAGGGGCAGAUGCGCAUCUUGGUCUGGUAGGGCUGUCGGCAGAUGAUGCACUGGUUGCUGUGGUAGUCGUUCAGGAAACAAUCUGCAGGAAUCAAGACAGACGUGCACACACACACACACACGCGCACACACAUAUGGUUGUGGUGUCCGUCGACCUGUGUUGGUCCCUCCCUCCCUCCCCUCACCAGUACACAACGACAAAUGCUUGCAGGGCAGAAACAGUAUCUCAACUGCGCACACACCACAGCAGAUUAUGAGGUGCAUGCAGGCCCCCCCCUCCCUCCCUCUCUCUCUCUGACACACUCGUGUACCUUGUUUCUCGUGGCAUAUCUUGCACAUUCGCUUGUCGCGUUCGUCCUCCUUGGCCUGCCUCUCCCGCUCCAGCGCCGUCUCGAGGUCCUUGACCUGCUGCUCCAGCUCGCUCACCCGCAGCAGCAGCGACUCGUCGCACCCACCUAACACGCCUGUGUGGACCUGCCUGCUCGUCCAACCGCACAACCACACAACCACACAACACCAUUCUCUCUCUCGCUCUCCCCCUGUCUGUGUCUGUGUGUGUCAUUCUCAGCUUUCUCACCCCUCAUUGUCGCCAUCGUCGAACGACACGGCCGCAACGGCUCUCGGCGGAACGGGGGGUGGGCAGGACGGCCGCGGGUGCAGGAUGGCCACGGGCGAGUCCAGCUCACCACCACCACCACCCUGCUGCGAUGCCGCUGUGGGUGUGGGUGUGUGGUGGGGUGCGAGUGGGGGCAUGAAGGAGGACGAGCUCGAGGGCUGCGAUGAUGCGGCGGCGGCCUCCUCAAAUAUGGGCGGGCAGGGCGGUGGCGGCGGCAAGCCGUUGCACACAUCUGACAUACCACACACACACACACACACAGAGAGAGAGAGAGAGGAAUGAAGACGCAUCGCAUCCAUCCAUCCAUCCAGCCAUGAGUGUGUCAGUGUCCAUCCACCGACCUAUGUCGUGCUGCAAGCCGGCAGCAGCAAGCCCACCGCCCCUCAGCGAGGAUGCGCUACCAGGGGAGGGCACAGCUGGCACCACCGGGUGCUGCUGCUGUGGGUGUGGGUGUGGCGGCGGUGGGGGCGGGGGCUGCACCACGUUGCCCGUCUGCGCGAGCACCUCCAGCCGGUGCUUGGCCGCCUCCGCCCCGGCCGGCUGCCCAAAGAUCACACACAGGUACUCGCCGCUGCAUUGGCUGCCGCUGAUAGACACAGAGGGACACAAACAGAGAGAGAGAGCGAGGGCGAUUGUGGUGGGUGGUUCGUUCGUUCGUUCGUCAGAUACCCGAUGGCGUGUGACGGGAUGACAGUGGACGUGUCGGUCUCAAUUUUGUUGAGCGCCACGGCCAGCCCCCGGUCAUCCGCAGCGGCAAAACGGAGCAACACACGAGGGACCUCUCUGACACACACACACACACACAGAGACACACAUAUGGUGUGUGUGUGGGAGGUGUGGGUGGGCGGAUGUGUCUGCUUACGGAUGUGCACUGAGGAAGGAAAACGAAUUGGUUAGGAACUCAUACACCAAAUUGCUGUAGCGCUUGGCCGUCUCGCGCUGCUCAACCGUACCUACGGCCACACACACACACACACACACAACACGAAGUCCCCCAUGUGUGGGUGUUGCCCUCCCUUCCUCCCUCUGUGGCUCACCCACCGGCUAUGUGGACGGUGUCAGCGCCGACAGGGCAGACCAUUCGGCACCUCGACGCCACCUUGAUCUUCUCGGCCCUCUCACUAUUGCGCCCACACACCAUCGCCAAAGCGUCCUUGCCCAUCAUCAUGACGUCGACGGCACACUCCUGCUGAGCCUCCUGCCGCUGCUGUUGCUGCUGCUGGUGUGUGGGUGUGUCUGGUGGUGGUGGUGGGGCGGGUGGCGGUGGCUGCUGCUGCUGCUGCUCGUCGAAGGCGUCGGGGAAUGAGCCGGGGAAGGAGCGCUCGACGGUGCGCUUCAGGUCUAGCUCGAACGACUUGCGACAAGAACUGCACCGCACCAGCCACGAGGCAACGAUGCGACGAAAGACAUGGGUCUGUGUUUGUGUGUCGUGUGUGUGUCUGUCUGUCUGUCUGUCUCACGGUGGGCCGAACGCAGCGAGGUAUGCGGGAUGGCUCCGAGAAUCGUGGUCGACAGAAGGAGACCAAAACUGCACCCAUUCACACGCACAGAGAGAGAGAGAGAGAGAGAAUAGAGAGAAUAUGUCUUCUGUGCCCCAUCCCUUGGCCCCAUUGGCUGCUGACCUUGAGCGUCAUGAUGGUGUGCUGUUCCUCAAACCUCUCCGGCUUGAGGGUGAGCAUGACGUUGAGGGGGAGCGAAAAGCAUGUCACAUUGGGGUCCCGCAUCAUCUCGCCGGCCCACUUCUUGACCUCACCUGAAUGACGCAUGAGCAAUCAGCCAGUGGGUGGCUUGUCCACCGUCCGUGUGGUGUGUGGGUCGAUGUGUGUGUGUGUGUGUGUGUGUGUGGUGGGGAGGGGAGGGGCCGCACGUGGGCUGUUGAGGAUGUCUUUCAUCUUGACGCGUCUGUAAAACUUGAGGAAGGUCUGCGCGUCGCGCACAGACUCAGCCGUACCAGAUAUGCGCAAACCUGAGACACACACACGUGGUGGGACGCCAUCGUGUGUGCGCGCGUGUGUGCGUGUGUGCGUGUGUGUGUGUGUGUGUGGUGGCCACUUACCCUUUGGAGGAGUGUUCCUCAUAUCAAUGACGACUCCAAAAAAGGCCUGCACGCGCAAUUUGUUGCUGCCCUGCUUCCCGAAAAUCAGACCAUACUCCUGCACAACACACACACACACACACGCACACACACAGAGAGAGAGAGAGAGAGAUCAGUCACCUCACCAUCGGCCAUCCACUAUGGCCAACUCACCGCUUCGUUGACUUCCAAGAAAUCGCUCUCGACGAACUUGCCCGUCUUGCCCGAGGCCGAGGCGUACGGACUCACUACCGCGCUGCUCGCCGGCCUGCACACACACACACGCACACACACACAAGGGGAGAGGCGUAGGAACAGACCGUUCCCGGCGUGAGGCGGCAUCUGGCUGGCAAACAAGCUUACGCUGCCAUCGCUGGUGUCGUGGAGGCCACACAAAGGCGUAGAAAAGAGGAAAAGCGCAAGGAGAAUG